GUUCGCCACGGGCAGCUGCUGCUCUCCAGCGGGGUCCCCUCCCUGGACUGUGUGCUAGGUGGAGGCGUAGCUGUUGGAACCCUUCUUCUUAUUGAGGAAGAUAAAUACGGUCUUUACUCCAACUUGUUAUUCAAGUAUUUUCUCGCAGAGGGAGUUGUCUGUGGACAUGACUUGUUUGUUGCUUCUGCUACAGAGCAUCCUGACAACAUCUUAAAGGAGCUUCCAGCCCCUUUGCUUGAUGAUACCUGCAGAAAUGAAUUGAGAGAAGAAGCGACAGCUGUUAAAUCUGAAGAUUUUCAGGAUUCUAUGAAAAUAGCCUGGCGCUACCAAAAUUUACCAAAAAUGGAGGCCAGCCCGACAACAUCUGCAAAGUUUGGCCAUUAUUAUGAUGUUUCUAAAACAAUGUCUCCAGAACUGUAUCAGUCCAUAAAAUGGCACAGUUUUUACCUUCCCGAAGAAUUGUCUUUAGAGCCUAAAAUGAAAAUAUGUAAUAUGAACAGUGCUUAUGCAAGGCUGCUCCAGUCCAUUCAGAAGAUGAUUUACCAGGAAGGGUUUGAUGGCUCUGAUCCCCAGAAAAAACAAAAGAAUAUUUUGCGGAUAGGAAUUCAGAGUCUAGGUUCCAUGUUGUGGGGUGAUGACAUUUGUAGCAGUGAUACUCCUGAAGAUGUUCAUAGCCUUACAAAAUUUCUGUACGUUCUCCGUGGCAUCCUCAGAAAAUCUUUGUCAGCCUGCAUCAUCACAGUGCCAGCUCACCUUAUCCAGAAUAAAGCAAUUAUGGAACGUGUAACAAACUUGUCAGAUAUGGUAGUUGGUCUUGAAUCAUUUAUUGGCUCUGAGAGAGAAACCAAUCCAUUAUACAAGGAUUACCAUGGUUUGGUUCACGUACAUCAGAUUCCUCGGCUUAAUAGCUUGAUCUGUGAUGUGUCAGACACGAAGGACCUUGCUUUUAGAUUAAAAAGGAAGCUGUUCACCAUUGAGCGACUGCAUUUGCCUCCAGACUUGUCAGACACAGUGAGCCGCACAAGCAAACAGGAUCUGGCAGAAUCCGCCAAACUGCUGAGCUCAGGAUGUGGUGCUAUGGCCAUCGGCAAGAAGCACCUGGACUUCUAG